AGUGUAUCGUUUAUUUUCUUCCGCCACACCUCGAAACGUUGUUUCCUAUGAGCCGAACAUUACGACCUCACAUCUCAACAUGUGAGGAAAAACGCUCAUAUUUGUAUCUAGAUACAUUUAAAAAAAAAACAUGACGGGGAUUUGUAAGAAACCUUACAUCUCGUAUGUUUUAUUAUUCAUGUUGUGUCAUUCUGAUGUUUUGAGGUUUUCGUCUGUAGCGGCACAAGAGAAUGAUGAGUCACUGGAGCUCAUACUGUCAGAGGAUACAUUGCCCGACUUGGAGAACAGUCCAAAGUUUGUGGAGUCAGAGGACCUGGACUCUCUGCCCAAGAGGCAGUUCAAGACAGCUGAGAUUGCAGAUGCUGUGAUGGGAACCGAAGCUCCCAUUGAUCCAUCUGACAUCGAGUCCCUCUUCCCCAAAAAUGUGAAAGACUUCCAGUCAGGUUUCUCCCCGCCUUGUGAUGAGAACAGUGCGCAGUGUGGUUCGCCUGCCCUGACUACACAAGGAGCAUCACUGGACGAGAAGAGCCUUGAACCGUCACAGCAGGUCACUCUUGACAUAGUGCAUGCUGACAUCACACCAAGUGAGGAGCUGAAUGCCACAGAGAGUGCCAAGACGUACAAGGUGAACUGUGAUAAGAGGAACAUCACAGGAAUGGACAGUUUCACUGUGCAGGUCCUCAACGCUUCACAGGACCUGAUGGACUUCCUGAAUGCAAACAGCACAGAGUGCUCUGUGGUGCUGUUCUUCACCGCGUGGUGCCAGUUCUCCGCCAGCCUGGCACCUCACUUCAACGCCCUGCCCAGAGUCUUUCCCAGCAUGCACUUCCUGGCACUUGAUGCUUCGCAGCACAGCAGCCUCUCCACAAGGUUUGGGACUGUGGCAGUGCCCAACAUCCUGCUGUUCCAGGGGGCCAAACCCAUGGCUCGCUUUAACCACACUGACAGAACACUGGAGAUGCUCACCUCCUUUAUCGCUAACCAGACAGGGUUUGAAGCAGGCUCCGAUAGAAACGUGAUGGAUGCAGACCGUCUUGGUCCCCUCCCCAGCGUCCCGGUGAAGAGCAUCGACUGGCUGCUGGUCUUCUCUGUCCUCUUCAUCACAGGCUUCACUACGUAUGCCAUCCUGCGAACAGACAGCAUCCGCUGGCUCAUACCGGGACAGGAGCAUGAGCAUCAGGACUGAUAACACACAAAUACACACACACACACACACACACACAGACUGCAAGUCAUUGGAUGUGAAUGAUAAACAACUUUGUUUGCUAUUAAAAGUAACAUUUGUGAAUUUGGUUAUGUUUCAAGUGUUUGAUGAAUAAAAUUAAUUUAUGUGUGCCAUUGCUAUUUUUUAAUAAA